AUGCCAGCAAGGCCACUUGACGUGCUGGGGGAUUAUGGUCUUUCGGCACGCACUGGAUUUCUGCCAGAAGAAGCGCCUCUGACUCGGCUGCCAGAUGAUUAUUAUGAACCAUGGGAAGAUUUGAUCCAGAAUCUUGCGCAGCUGGUUUCUAGCUACAAGAUCCGUUCAAGAAUCGACCAGUUACCCCUUCUCAAGACGUCGCGACUGAAGACGGAGGAAGAAUGGCGUCGAGCAUAUGUAAUAAUGGGAUGUUGUGUGCAAGCCUACAUAUGGGUAGGUGAAACGCCCUCGGAUCGUUUGCCACCCCAGAUCACAAUUCCUCUUCUGGAUGCUGCUUCUUACCUUGGGCUCGCUCCCAUGAAUACCUACGCCACGAUCGUUCUUUGGAAUUAUGGAUUGCUGCCUGGAGAGUCAGACCCAACGAACCCCUCCAAUCUGCGAAGCACCAACACCCUGACAGGUACUCGGACUGAGGAGUGGUUUUAUCUCAUUUCUGUUACUCUCGAGGCCAGAGGGGGUCCCAUCAUCACGGAGCUUCUUGAGUGCAUGUCUAGCGUCAGACAAGGCGAUGAUGCCGCGGUGGUGGCCUCACUGGAACGAACUGCGUGCCACAUAGUGGCCGUAGGAGCUCUGUUGAACCGCAUGUACGAGCAUUGCGAGGCUCAGCCAUUUUACUACGAUGUUCGCCCGUUGCUGUCAGGAACCAAAGGCCACGCCUCUCUUGGGCUACCUAAAGGAGUCUUCUACGAUGAGGGCGACGGCAAAGGAUCGUGGCGACAGUAUGCGGGCGGAAGUAAUGCGCAAAGCUCAUUGAUCCAGUUCCUGGACGUUGCAUUGUCGGUAAAGCAUCAUGCCACAGGCCAGGAUGGAACUCUGCGGCGUCCCUCGCCUUCCAACAGGGGGUUCAUCGAGGAAAUGCGGCAAUAUAUGCCGGGUCGACACCGAGACUUUCUCUGCCAUAUGGAGAAGCAAGCACAUAUCCGAGAAUACGCAAUGAGUACCGAAGUUAGCGACCCCAGGGUUCGUGCCGCGUACAUCGAAGCGGUGGCGGCGUUGACCCAGUUUCGCAAUAUCCAUCUAAGGAUUGUGGCCAGAUAUAUCAUUUCCCCAUCGCGACAACCAGUGCCUGAGAACUCAAAAUUGAAGGUCGGGUGGAACCUAGCCAAGACAGCUCCCAAUCAUAACGUAGGAGAAGAAGACGUAGCCAAGCUACAAGGCACAGGUGGUACCAAGUUGAUGGCCUUUCUCAAACAAACCCGAGAUGAGACUUCUAUGGCAGCCAAAUUUCCAGAAAUCGCGAGUCGGUAA